AUGAUGCUACUGUGUUUUUUAGGUAUUUAUUUUGCUGCUCUUCUCAGCAUUUGCAAAGUAAGCGGAAGUGAUUUGAGUAAUAUAUUGAACAGUGGGGGGUCAGAAAAUAGUACAAGUUUAUUGGAUGAUUGGGUUCCAAUUCAUAAUUCUAUUUCAGCAGGUGAAACAAAUUACUAUUCAUAUUCGUUGGGUUAUGACAGCUGGUCUUCAAGUUUUGAUUUUCUUUUCAUAUCUGGAAACCUUUUAAAUAUUCCAAAUACAAAUGGAUCAGUGUUAAGACUGUAUUACAGUUUUUCUGAUACGAUCUUUGCUAACUUAUCAGAUACAGUGUAUGAAGAUUUUUACGAUGGAUAUGUCUCUGCAAUGGUAAGUACUUUCUCGGAUACUGCAACUGACCUUAAUACGACGUACUCGACAUUAUAUCUGGCAUUACAGGUAGUGGACCAAGAAACUGGAGUGGCUCUUGUAGUGAAUGGUGACUCAAAUUCAGAUGAUACAUGGGAUUAUCAAAUUGCGGUGUCAGAAAAAGAUUUGUAUUACCAAUGGGACAGAAAGACAUGGAUCGAAGUCAUGGACACCGAUUAUAAUUCUGUCUUGUUAUCAAUUGGGCAAUUUGUGACAGCUACAUCAGCAAAGUCAAAUUCAACUUCCAGUGAUGAAGAAUACGUUUUAUAUAUUUACACACCAGAGGAAGCUGAAAAAAUAACUGCAAAUAGAAAUUGUUCUAUAAGUGCUGUUAAAAAUGGUCCACAUAUUAUUUCAUCUGAAAAUGUCACUGAAAGUGAUGUAGAUUUGAGUCUACUGGACAGGGAAGAUUUCCAAAUCUUUAAAUUGAACGUAGAUGCUUAUACAUCAAAUAAUCACGGUCAAUAUUACAUUACUGGAUUGAAUAGUUCAACAUCAUAUGUUGGAUUUUUGACACAGACGAUAACAGGGUCAAAUGGUAGUUCCGAUGAAAACAGCUCAGGUGGGUUACUUUAUGGAAAUUUUACCUUUUCCACUAAGCCAGAUAACACUUGUUCUUUGGUGUUUGGGUUGAAUUUUUGCAGUGGGGUUGCAUAUUCUGUGCCAACACCGUCAGAACUACAGGGGAACAAAAGUGCAAUUGUGCAAAUAUACGAUUCCAUUGCCGAGUCAUUAUAUACUAAUUUUACCAAGGCACUUCAAAUUAUUCCAUGUGACACCGAAUUAGAUGCUAGGUACUCACCACUAAGAACUUGUGAUGAUUGUGCUGCAUCAUACUUGGAUUGGCUAUGUGCUGUUUCUAUCCCAAGGUGCACAACAACAGAGACUCCACAUUUCAUCUACAGAAACAAGAAUGUCAAUAGGAAUAGUUAUAUCAAUGAAGAUAUUAAACCUAUACGAGAUUAUUAUGAGGUUUUGCCAUGCAUUGACAUGUGCCAUUCGAUUGUGAGAGAUUGCCCUGCUGAUUUUGGCUUUGCUUGUCCAGAACCAUCAAAUUCAAAUAAUCUACUUUUCUCGAGUUACAAUUAUUACUAUGAAGAUUUUGAUUACAUUACAUGUAAUUUCAUUGGUAAUUAUUCUUCGUUAAUCAUUCCUGAUGCUGAUUAA